AUGACGAAUGAAACCAACAAUUCUGGAUCUUCAACUGGAACUGAUGCAGCAUCAGAACCAGCAGUUAUUAACUCCAAUCACGCCUAUUUUUUGCACUCUUCUGAUUCUCCUGGUAUGGCCCUUGUGAACAACCUCUUUGAUGGAAGAGGUUACCAGGGUUGGAAGAGAUCAGUCUUAAUAGCUUUGUCAGCAAAGAACAAGCUAGGAUUCAUCACUGGUGCCCAUCUUCCACCGGAUUCAACAUCACCAGAUCUGCAACCUUGGAGUAGGUGCAAUGAUAUGGUAACUUCCUGGCCUCUUAAUUCACUUUCUAAAGAUAAUGCAGACAGUGUAAUAUACUCUAGAACUACUAAGGAGCACUGGACAAGCCUGGAACACAGGUUUGGCCAAUCAAAUGGGGAAAAACUGUUUCACCUGCAACAGGAAUUAACAAGGUUGGUGCAGGGAACUAACAAUAUUGCAGGCUACUUCACAAAACUUAAAAGAUUAUGGGAUGAACUUGACUCUUUGAACUCUAGUUUCAAGUGUACUUGUGUGUGUAACUGUGAAGGAAAAGAAAAAUUGGAGAAAUCUUUGGAAGAUGAAAGACUUAUCCAAUUUCUGAUGGGGCUAAAUGAUGUUUAUGCACAAGCUAGGGGUAAUAUUCUGAUGCUUAACCCUUUACCCAACAUCAACCAUGGUUACUCACUAAUCUCACAAGAUGAAAACCAAAGGGAAACCUACAUGAGUUCUAUUGUUCCUUCUGAUUCAACAUCCUUUACGGUAGGGAACUUUAAUCAAUACAAAAAUGGGAAACAAGUUCAAAGAUAUCCAGGAUCUGGAUUUGGAUCUGGACCCAAACCAAAUGCUAACUACCCAAGGAUGAACAAUGCUCAGCAACCAACUAACUACUCAAGGAUGAACAAUAUUCAGCAACCAACAAGGUUUUCAAAACAAAACCAAAAAUUCAAAGGCAAAAAGAAAUUUAACCCCAAUGUUUCUUGUGCUUAUUGUGGAAAAGUAGGUUAUGUUAUGGAUGACUGCCACAGGCUGCAUGAAUAUCCUGAUGAUUUUCAGUUUACAAAUGAAAAGAAAUAUGCAGGAAACAUUAAAGGAAAUGUAGUUACAUCUGAGGAACCAGAAAAUAACAACUAUAUUGAUCUUGAGACUAUCAAUCAGCACAUGAACAAGGAGCAGUUGAAGCAUUUUGUUCAUAUGGUCAAGCAGUUCAAGGGACUAGAAUCUUCACAAGCAAAUACAAGAUCUGAAAUUAAUGCUAAUGCAGUCGUCGGUACUAUUACAAAAUACUUUGGAAAAUGUUUUUUAGUUUUUAAUUCCAGCACCUGGAUCAUAGAUUCAGGUAAAGUGUCAAUAUAUUCUGAUCUAAUAUUGCACAAUGUGCUUUAUGUUCCUAGUUUCAAAUACAAUCUUUUGUCAGUCCAUAAGUUCACUAUUCAAUUUGAAUGUGCUAUGUUCUUUACAUCUACUGCAUGUAUGUUGCAGGGCUCUUUAAUGAAGAGAAUUCAAGUUUUUGGUCAAGCUAAGGAAGGUCUUUAUCUACUACAACCCAAUCCUAAGGAGUCUAGUUCCAACCAUGAAGUUUCCCUGAAGUCUCAGUCAUUUUCUAGUUUUUCUAGUCAAGAUCAUUUACCUGUUUCAGUUUGUUCUAAUGUUAGUAGCAAUGUAAACCUAUGGCAUGUAAGACUUGGGCAUUUGCCAUAUUCAUCAAUGAAAAAUGUCAGUUUCAUUUCUAUCCCUCUUGAUUCUACUUGUCAUUGUGAAAUUUGUCCUCAAGCUAGGCAAACUAGGCUACCUUUUCCUACCAGUCAAAUCACUUCUAAAUCUGUUUUGAACUAA